CCGAGACAAGAGCACAACCUGGCUUGAACGGAGCCUUUGAUCAAGGGAAGACUGCCCGGACGUCCAGCACGCAAAGAUAUUAUAGCCUCCACUCCUGUCUAGGCUACAUAAAGACCCCUUUCUUCAGAGCAUUUCAACGUGUGCCAGAGAAAGAGCGUGCCGUGGCCAUGUAUGAUGGGGCGCGGGUGCCUUCCCCUCAGGACAGCGCUAAUGGUUUCCCCCAGCAACCGGGGGCCUCGACGGUGCGGCCCAAAUCCGACCAGGAGCCCGAGGCGGAGGAGCAGGAGGAGGACGCGGUGCGAACGGAGCCCGUGCUGGUGAAGAAGGCCCACCGCGAGAUCCUGGAUCACGAGCGCAAGCGCAGGGUGGAGCUGAAAUGCAUGGAGCUGCAGGAGAUGAUGGAGGAGCAAGGGUACUCGGAGGUGGAGGUCAGACAGAAAGUGGGCACCUUCCGGCAGAUGCUGAUGGAGAAGGAGGGGGUGAUCACCAGAGAGGGCCAGCCUCCAGUUGGUCUCCUGCCUCACAGUGACGAGGAGCACCUAAACGAGGCCGUUCUCGCCGACGGCUACGAGUGGCAGGGCGGUUAUUAUGACGGAGACUACAGCACGAAGAGGAAGUCUAGUAGCUCCCCCUCUCCGCGUCCAAAGAAGCGAAAGAAGAAAAAAUCGGGGAGAAAGAGAAGCCGAGAGAAGAGGAAGAGGAGCAGCAGAAGGCACAAGAGAGACAGGUGUGUGCUCUCCUUCAUCCGCUCACCUUCAAUUACAUCCAGCGAGAUCAGCGUUGAGAUAAAAUGCUCCUGUUUGCAGGAGUGAUGACUAGUUCUCAUUUCAGAAACAAUAUCUGGAUGAUAAUUUGAGCUGGAGAGGCCCUCCAGAGUAGUGGCUGUGUGACACUGACUGCACAGGAGGACAGAGGGGGAAUGCAAAAGCACCCCCUCCAGUAGACAGCACUAACAGGUUAUGCACUGGGGAUCAACAACAAUCAGCCAUCUGCCCCCCUCCC